AUGGAGCGCCCGGAGCCCGAGCUGAUCCGGCAGAGCUGGCGGGCGGUGAGCCGCAGCCCGCUGGAGCAUGGCACCGUGCUGUUCGCCAGGAAAGAUUGGCCCUCUGCCUCGGCGGCGCCGGGGCGCUUCCAGAAGUGCGCCAAAGGAGCGAGCGCGGCGACGGGUGGCGCAGCCCCUCCUGCGCUUCCCCGGGCGGUGAUGUUCGUGAUUGACACUGCGGUGACCAAUGUAGAGGACCUGUCCUCGCUGGAGGAGUACCUUGCUGGUCUGGGCAAGAAGCACCGUGCCGUGGGUGUGAAGUUCAGCUCCUUCUCGACGGUGGGUGAGUCCCUGCUCUACAUGCUGGAGAAGUGCCUGGGCCCUGCGUUCACACCAGCCAUGCGGGCCGCCUGGAGCCAGCUCUACGGGGCCGUGGUACAGGCCAUGAGUCGAGGCUGGGAUGGCGAGUAA